AUGGAUCCCAGGACUCCCAUCGUCUUGGACCAAGGUACGGGAUUCGUCAAGAUCGGGCGUGCCGGGGAAAACUUCCCGGAUUACACAUUUCCAUCGAUUGUUGGUAGACCCAUUUUGAGAGCUGAAGAACGAGCUAAUGUGAGUACACCGCUGAAAGAUAUUAUGAUUGGUGACGAAGCUAGUUCAGUACGCUCAUAUCUACAAAUAUCAUAUCCAAUGGAGAAUGGUGUAAUAAAAAACUGGUCUGAUAUGGAAUUACUCUGGGAUUACGCUUUUUAUGAUCAAAUGAAAAUUCCAUCCACCUCUGGCGGAAAGGUAAUGCUAACAGAACCCCCAAUGAACCCUUUGAGAAAUAGAGAGCAAAUGUGUGAGGUUAUGUUCGAAAAAUACGACUUUGGUGGCGUUUACGUAGCAAUUCAAGCUGUUCUAGCAUUGUACGCGCAAGGGUUAUCAUCUGGUGUGGUUGUUGACUCUGGUGAUGGUGUCACUCACAUUGUUCCCGUUUAUGAGUCUGUGGUACUGAAUCACCUAACCAGAAGACUCGACGUGGCUGGUAGAGACGUAACAAGACACUUGAUAGAUCUUCUUUCUCGAAGAGGUUACGCCUUUAACAGAAGUGCCGAUUUUGAAACAGUACGCCAAAUAAAAGAGAAAUUAAGCUAUGUGUCUUAUGAUUUGGAUCUGGAUACCAAGCUUGCUAGGGAGACCACGACGUUGGUGGAGAACUACGAAUUACCAGAUGGAAGAGUUAUAAAAGUUGGAUCUGAGAGGUUUGAGGCGCCCGAAUGCUUAUUUCAACCCAACUUGGUAGAUGUUGAACAACCAGGUGUUGGUGAAAUGCUGUUCAACACCGUCCAAGCGGCAGAUGUCGACGUUAGAAGCGCUCUUUAUAGAGCUAUCGUCUUGUCAGGUGGCUCCAGUAUGUAUCCAGGAUUACCAUCCAGGCUCGAAAAGGAACUCAAACAACUAUGGUUUACUAGAGUUCUUCGUAACGACCCAUCGCGACUUGAGAAAUUCAAAGUAAGAAUUGAAGAUCCCCCAAGAAGAAAACAUAUGGUCUUCAUUGGUGGUGCUGUCUUGGCGAAUAUUAUGGCUGACAAAGAUCACAUGUGGUUGACGAAGCAAGAGUGGGAAGAAAUGGGCCCUGCCUCAAUGUCUAAGUUCGGCCCGAGAUGA